AUGGGCUCCCAGGUCUCCAAACAGCUUGAGAGACGAAAGGCAAUCAAAAGAGAGAAAAAAACUCUGUCUGAUCUCAGAAACUGUGGCGAAGACUACCCUGGCUCUGGUUACCAUCCCUCUGACAGAAAAAACUGGAUGUCCGAACUCAACCCAGAGAAAGUUGUGAUGAAAAAAAUUGUUUGGCCUGGAACCCAUGAUUCUGCAACCAACAAGAUUGGCAUCCCGUGGAUCACUCGCCCUUUUGCUCAAUGCCAAUCCUUGUCCAUCUACCAUCAGCUUGUUAUGGGGACAAGGGUCAUUGACAUUCGGGUGCAAGAGAAUCGCAGAGUAUGCCACGGAAUCCUCCUUACAUACAGCAUGGAUGUUGUCAUCAAAGAUGUCAAGAAGUUCUUGUCAGAAACCCAAUAUGAAAUUAUCAUCCUUGAGGUUAGAACUGAGUUUGGCCACGAGGAUCCUCCUGAAUUCGACAAGUACCUUCAGGAACAACUGGGGGAUUACCUAGUUCCCCAGGAUGAUAAUGUUUUUGAAAAGACCAUAGCAGAGGUUCUACCAAAGAGAGUUAUAUGCGUUUGGAAGCCAAGAAAAUCACCACAACCUCAAGCAGGAAGUCCUCUGUGGAGAGCGAGGUAUUUGAAGGAUAACUGGAUCAACACUGAUUUGCCAUCAACCAAGUUCGAUAGCAACAUGAAGCAUCUCAGCGAACAGCAACCUGUUACGUCCAGAAAAUACUUCUACAGAGUGGAGAACACCGUUACUCCUGUGGCAGAUAACCCCAUUGUGUGUGUGAGGCCUGUCACGAAACGCAUUCAUGGCUUUGCAAGACUCUUCAUUAGUCAGUGUUUUUCCAAAGGGUAUGCUGAUAGAUUGCAGGUAUUUUCCACGGAUUUCAUUCACAAUGAUUUCGUUGAUGCAUGCGUUGGACUCACACGUGCGAGGGUAGAGGGUCAAGCAUGA